CCUCUCUUCUUUCUCUCCCCCCUCCCUCUCUCUCUCUCUUCCUCCCCCUUCUCUCCUCCACAGAACCCUAUCUCCGGCCGGCAUGGUUGACGUGGACCGGCGGAUGGCGGGCCUGACCCCGGCCCACGCCGCCGGACUCCGCCGCCUUUCUACCCGCGCCGCCACCGCCACCGCCCCAUCCACCCCUGGCGCCGCGCGCAACGGCCUCCUCUCCUUCUUGCCCCUCGCCGAGGCCCUCAUCUCCCACCUCCGCUCGUCCGGCGUCCCCGUCCAGCCCGGCCUCUCCGACGCCGAGUUCUCUCGAGCCGAGGCCGAGUUCGGCUUCGCCUUCCCGCCGGACCUCCGCGCCGUCAUCUCCCUUGGCCUUCCUGCAGCCCCGGGGUUUCCGGACUGGCGGUCCCGCCUCCGCCUCCGCGCCGCCCUCGACCUACCCAUCGCCGCCAUCUCCACCCAGAUCGCCCGCAACGCCUUCUGGUCCCGCUCCUGGGGCCCCCGCCCCGCCGACCCCGAGCGAGCCCUCCGCCUCGCCCGCUCCGCCCUCCGCCGCGCCCCCCUCCUCAUCCCCCUAUUCGGCCGCUGCUACAUUCCCUGCCACCCUCCCCUGGCAGGCAACCCCGUCUUCUUCGUCGAUGAGACCCGCAUCUCCUGCUGCGGCUUCGACCUCGCCGACUUCUUCCGCCGGGAGUCCGCCUUCCACACCUUCCCUCUUCCCCCCGCCCCCUCUCCCCCCGACCUCUUUCUCCGCCGCCAGCGCUCCGCCUCCACCGCAGCCGACAAACCUUCUCCCUCUCUCCCGCGCCCCUCCGCCUCUCGCCGCAGCCUCGACUCCAUUGCUGGCAAGACACCCCGCUGGAUCGAGUUCUGGAGCGAAGCCGCCGCCUCCGACCGCCGCCGCCGGAGCUCCUCCUCCUCCGCCACCCAUCCGGAGAGAUUCUUGGAGAUCCGUGUCCCCCAGAGGCUUCCAGCCUGGGUCGGUACCUACCUGGACCGGAUCAAAUCGGUCCUGAUCGAUGGCGGAUGGGGCGAGUCGGAGGCGGCGGAGAUGGUCCAAGUGACGGCGUCCGGCUUCUUCGACGGUGCCGAGGGCGCCGCCGCCGUCGUCGACAGCCAGGCGGUUCUUGACGCCCUCCUCCUCAAGGCGGAUCGCUGCUCCGACUCCCUCCGCCGGGCCGGGUGGACCUCCGAGGAGAUCUCCGACGCGCUCGGCUUCGACUUCCUCCCUGAUAGACGGCGGCAGCGCCGGCCGUUAAACCUCCCUCCCGAAAUCGCCGUCAAGAUCGGCAAGCUCGCCGAGGCGGUUUCCCGAUCCUAGAACGGCAGUUACCCGAUCCGUUUCUGUUACGGUUUCUUUCUUUUCCUUUCGGGGAAAAUCAUAUCGUUGUGGUGUUACUUUAGAGAAGCGUAUAAAUAUUAGAGGAGGAUUUAAAAAAAAAAAGGGAGUAUCUGAUGAAUAUACGUUUUAAUGUGAGUACAAGUUAUAGCUUUUUA